UCACUCUCUUGGAAGAGCUCUAAUUCCGGAAGCCAUGGCUAACAGAGGACCCAGUUACGGGCUGAGUAGGGAGGUUCAGGAGAAGAUAGACCAGAAGUAUACUCUGGACCUGGAGGCCAGACUGGUGGACUGGAUCAUCUUGCAGGUUGGGGGGGACAUAGAACGACCAGAGCCUGGGAGACUAAACUUCCAGAGCUGGCUCAAGGAUGGAACAGUGAGUCUCUGACACAAACUCUGGUUGACGUAACCUUAUGCAUGUCUUCAUUAUUCUAAACCUAACUCUUAAAACACAUAUACAGAUCAUCUCAGACUCUAAUUCACCAUGGUCAUAAUAGGCCAUAUUUGAUAGCCUUUGCUAUUAUGGGGUUUCUUCUCCUGGUCCAACCACUGCCACCCCUAAUGCUAGGUGGGUGUAGGCCGGUUGUAUUCUGUCAUUCCAUUAUUUCAUCUCUCGUUGCAGAUUCUUUGUAGGCUCAUUAACAGCCUCUAUCCCCCUGGUCAAGAGCCCAUAAAGAAGAUCCCAGAGACAAAGAUGGUCUUCAAGCAGAUGGAGAAGAUCUCACAGUUCCUGCAGGCAGCUGAAGCUUAUGGGGUGAUCACCGGGGACCUUUUCCAGACCGUGGACCUAUGGGAAGGUACAGCUCUUCUAAUACAGUAGUGACUCCACUCCACCAUACACUCACAUGCAGCAACCGGUUAGUCCUUAUGAUAGAUAACUUCAGGUAUGUGCCAUGUAUGUGAAUAUAGCCUUUCAAUAUAAAAUAACUUACUUUGUCAAAUCAUACAUUUAUUUUCUACAAAAACAAAUUUUUAUUAUAACCAAUGAGGGAACAACAUGGACUACAGGAGACCGCAGAGAGAGCACUCCCCCAUCCACAUCGACAGAGCCGCAGUGGAGAGGGUCAAAAGCUGCAAGUUCCUCGGCGUGCACAUCACUGAAGACCUGAAAUGGUCCCUUCACACAGACAGCGUGGUGAAGAAAGCUCAACAGCACCUCUUCAACCUCAGGAGAAUGAAGAAAUGUGUCUUGGCCACUAAGACCCUCACAAACUUCUACAGAUGAGGGUGAUGCGGUCAGCCCAACGCAUCACCGGGGGCACACUGCCUGCCCUCCAGGGCAUCUACAGCACCCAGUGUCAAAGGAAGGCCAAGAAGAUCAUCAAGGACCUCAGCCACCCGAGCCACUGCCUUUUCACCCUUCUACCAUCUAUCUAGAAGGCGGAGACAGUUCAGGUGCAUCAAAGCUGUGAUGAAAGACUGAGAAAACAGCUUCUAUCUCCAGGCCAUCAGACUGUUAAACAGUCACCACUAGCCGGCCUCCACCCAGUACCCUGCCCUGAACCUUAGUCACUGUUACUAGCCGGCUACCACCUGGUACUCUACCCUGCACAUUAGAGACUGCUGCUGUAUGUCCAUAGUCAUUGAACACUGGACACUUUAAUCAUGUUUACAUACUGUUUUACCCACUUCAUAAGUAUAUAUACUGUAUUCUAGUAUUCUAUAACUACUGCUGUACACACCUUUUCUAUUCAUAUACUGUCCAUACAGUCUAUAGACACCAUUAUAUACAGUGCAUUCGGAAAGUAUUCCCUUAACUUUUUUCCACAUUUUGUUACGUUACAGCCUUAUUCUAUAAUGGAUUAAAUUAUUUUUCCCCUCAUCAAUCUACACACAAUACCCCAUAGUGACAAAGGGAAAACAGAUUUUUAGAUUUUUAGCCAAAAAAUAUAAAACAGAAUGCCUUAUUUACAUAAGUAUUCAGACCCUUUGCUAUGAGACUCGAAAUUGAGCUCAGUUGCAUCCUGUUUCCAUUGAUAAUCUUUGAGAUGUUUCUACAACUUGAUUGGAGUCCACCUGUGGUAAAUUCAAUUGAUUGGACAUGAUUUGGAAAGACACACACCUGUCUAUAUAAGGUACCACAGUUGACAAUGCAUGUCAGAGCAAAAACAAAGCCAUGAGGUCAGGGAAUUGUCCGUAGAGCUCUGAGACAGGAUUGUGUCGAGGCACAGAUCUGGGGAAGGGUACCAAAAAAUGUCUGCAGCAUUGAAUGUCCCCAAGAACACAGUGGCCUCCAUCAUUCUUAAAUGGAAUACGUUUUGAACCACCAAGACUCUUCCUAGAGCUGGCUGCCUGGCCAAACUGAGCAAUCGGGGGAGAAGGGCCUUGGUCAGGGAGAUGACCAAGAACCCGAUGGUCACUCUGACAGAGCUCCAGAAUUCCUCUGUGGAAAUGGGAGAACCUUCCAGAAGGACAACCAUCUCUGCAGCACUCCACCAAUCAGACUUUUAUGGGAGAGUGGCCAGACGGAAGCCACUCCUCAGUAAAAGGCACAUGACAGCCCGCUUGAGUUUGCCAAAAGGCACCAAAGGACUCUUAGACCAUGAGAAACAAGAUUCUCUGGUCUGAUGAAACCAAGAUUGAACUCUUUGGCCUGAAUGCCAAGCAUCACGUCUAGAGGAAACCAGGCACCGCUCAUCACCUGGCCAAUACCAUCCCUACGGUGAAGCAUGGUGGUGGCAGCAUCAUGCUGUGGGGAUGUUUUUCAGCGGCAGGGACUGGGAGACUAGUCAGGAUCGAGGGAAAGAUUAAUGGAGCAAAGUACAGAGAGAUCCUUGAUGAAAACCUGCUCCAGAGCGCUCAGGACCUCAGACUGGAGCAAAGGUUCACCUUCCAAUGGGACAACGACACUAAGCACACAGCCAAGACAACGCAGGAGUGGCUUCGGGACAAGUCUCUGAAUGUCCUUGAGUGGCCCAGCCAGAGCCAGGACUUGAACCCGAUGAAACAUCUCUGGAGAGACCUGAAAAUAGCUGUGCAGCAACGCACGCCAUCCAACCUGACAGAGCUUGAGAGGAUCUGUAGUGAAGAAUGGGAAAAACUCCCCAAAUAGAGGUGUGCCAAGCUUGUAGCAUCAUGCCCAAAAAGACUUGAGAAUGUAAUCGCUGCCAAAGGUGCUUCAACAAAGUACUGAGUAAAGGGUCUGAAUACCUAUUUAAAUGUGAUAUUUCAGUUUUUAUUUGUUAUACAUUUGAAAAAUGUAUAAAAACCUUUUUGCUUUGUCAUUAAUGGGUAUUGUGUGUAGAUUGAUGAGGAGGAAAAAAACAUUUAACCCUUUUUUCAAUUUUCAUCUGAAAUGAUAUAUCCAAAUCUAACUGCCUGUAGCUCAGGACCUGAAGCAAGGAUAUGCAUAUUCUUGAUACCAUUUGAAAGGAAAAACUUUGAAGUUUGUGGAAAUUUGAAAUUAAUGUAUAACACAUUAGAUCUGGUAAAAGAUAAUACAAACCAAAAAACAUGUGUUUUCUAAAUAUAAAUGUUUACAGCAUCUUUGAAAUGCAAGAGAAAGGCCACAAUAUAAUAUUGCAGUUUAGGCGCAAUUUAGAUUUUGGCCACUAGAAAGCAGCAGUGUGUGCAAAGUUUCAGAUUGAUCCAGUGAAACGUUGCAAUACUGGACUAUUUUGUAUGAAGUCUGCCCAAGUGUGCAGAAUUGGUCAGUUGAUACAUUUUCAAGUACAUAACAAUAGAGAACAUACAAAAAUGAUAUGGUAAUACAAAAUGUAAGUUUACACAUUCCCAGGAAUGUCAUACAUGAUGGAUCAUUAGCUUAUACACUAACUUUCACCCAUCUAGAUGGCCGGGCGGGGUGGGUGUGGAGCCAGAGACAGCAGAGGUUCAAACUGUAGAAUAUUUUUGAAUAUAAAAAUGGAUUUUAUCGAACAAAACUAUGCUACAUUUUAUCUCUAGGACCCUUAGGAUGACAAAUCAGAGCAAGAUUACUGAAUGUAAAUACAUUAUUUACCUUCAGAGGUGAAUGUAUCAAACCAGUUGCCGUGAUACAUUUUUUUUGUUGUGCACUCUCCUCAAACAAUAGCAUGGUAUUUUUUCACUGUAAUAGCUACUGUAAAUUGGACAGUGCAGUUAGAUUCACAAGAAUUUAAGCUUGUCCUGGAAAGUUUGCUGUUACUUACAACAGUCAUGCUAAUCACAUUAGCGCACGUUAUCUCAACCGUCCCGUAUACGGGACACCGAUAAGGCUGCAAUGUAACAAAAUGUGGAAAAAGUUAAGGGGUCUGAAUACUUUCCGAAUUAUAUAUAUAUACAGUACCAGUUAAAAGUUUGGACACACAUUCAAGGGUUUUUCUUUAUUUUUACUAUUUUCAUAGUUUUGAUGUCAUAGUUUUUAUGUAUAUAUAUAUAUAUAUGUAUUUGUAUAAAUGAUAUGUAUAUAUAUAUAUAUUUAUAUUCUGGUCUCUGACAAUGCUUGUUCUGAUAUUUCUUAAUUUUAUUUUUCUGGAUAAUGUAUGCAUUGUUUGUUUUUUAUUGCUAGGUAUUACUGCACCGUUGGAGGUACAAACACAAGCAUUUUGCUGCACCUGCGAUAACAUCUGCAAAUCUGUGUACGCGACCAAUAAACGUUGAUUUGACCUACUAAAGCCAAAUAUGGUAUUGAAAUGUCUGUCUGGUAUUUUGCGUGACUACAGGGAAGGAUAUGGCUGCCGUGCAAAGGACCUUGUCGGCACUUGGCAGUAUGGCACUCACAACGGAUGAUGGUCAAUAUCGUGGUGAACCUGAUUGGUUUCAUAGGUGAGGAACCAAUCACGUUAGCUGUUUGUAAUGAGUUGUACAAAACAGCAAUGAUACUGUAUGUCCAUUUCUUUAUUACAUACCACUCCAAAAUGAACUAUUUACAAUGAGUCGUAUGACUUGACCCAUCCCCCCUCUCACCUGUCUGUUUAUGUAUCGGUUUGUUUACGUUUCAUUGCUGUAGGUGUAGGCUUUCCUAUCUGACUUGUAUCAGUUUGAAUCUCCUGUACAAACAUCCAUCACAGCAGGUAAUUCAACAGUUUUGUCUCCUGUGCUUUCAGGAAAGCUCAGGGAAACCGGCGGGAUUUUUCUGAGGAGCAGUUGCGUCAAGGCCGCAGACUGAUUGGCAUGCAGAUGGGCGGAAACUCGGGGGCGUCUCAGUCUGGCAUGAGGGGGUACGGCAUGCCACGCCAGAUAAUGUAAAAAUGUCAUUUGGCUCCCCUAAAUGAAUCCAAAGUUGCUCUCUCAUUAGUUCAGUGGCAGCGUGAAGUUUCCCUGAUGAUCUCGCUAUAGGGGCCCUAGUUGUAACCUCAUACUGAAAAGAGCACUAUUACAGGGCAUUACAGAUUAUGUCCUUCAAUAAGCCUUUGUGUGAGCUCACAGUGGCUCUUCUUCACUCAGUUACACAGUCAGGUGUGUCAUUUCUGUCGGAGUGGAUGUUGUUUGCGCAUCAGACGGGUGUUCAAGGUUUCUGUCAACACGAUUGUGACAUGACAGCAACUGUGCAAUUGUCCAAGAAGAAAUGUUAUUUUGAAAAGUCAUUGUAAUGAUAGUCACAAUAGUAUUAAAUUACAAUAUUCUUUAUUCAGGUAAUUUACAGCACCACUAGUCUUAUUCUUUACUACACUGUGGAAUGUGAAUGCAACGCACUACAGCCAUUUUUCUUUUUAUAGAACUACCUUCGUUGCAUGAUUUCUUUAUGAAAAAUUGUCAUGUUCAGUAUUGAAUGUUAAGUUAAAUACUUGUUAAAGUACUUAAAUUAUAUGUAUUUUUUUCUUGUUUCAUUUAUGUUACUUAAUGUACCCAGAUGUAUGAGUACUGUAUGAAAUGUCUAAUAAAAACAUGAGCUGGCGCACACCCCAAAAAGUUGG